UUGUUUUUUUAUUCCUAUUGUUUCUUGGUUUGUAGUUGUUUCUUCAACAAGAAAAAUUAAUAUUUGUAAAAACAAAUCAAUGUAAUUAAAACAGUAAUAGUUCAAUUUUUUUAAUUUUAUUCGUAUCAGUCAUGCAUAAAGGUGUACUAAAGAUAUUGGAUCAGAAUAUUGUGUUAUCAUUACCUCUGCGUUGCAAAAUAUUUUAACAUCAAAAUUAAAAUAAUUUCGAAAUGGUGAGUGACCUUAGCAGCAACUAUAAGCGUGUACUAAUAAGGCAUCUGAUAAAUAUCCUUACUUUUAAUUUAUUAAACUAUAUUUAUUUCAAUAGAAAUUUGUAGUAAUAAAUUGAAAUCUUCUCAGAGGGAUAAAGUGAAAAAGUUUAUGAUUUUCACACAAGCUCCAGAAAAUGUUGCUAUUUUCUGCUUGGCCAAGAAUGAUUGGAAACUGGAACAAGCGUCAGAUAAUUUUUUUCAAAAUCCAUUAGAAUAUGAUACUGUUAAAAUUAGCACUCAAAUAGGCUCUUCAGUUGACAAAAGGAAACUGGAGGCUAUGUACAAUAGAUAUCGUGAUCCAGCCGAACCAAACAAAAUUAAUGUUGAAGGUGUUAUGCGUUUACUAGAUGAACUUAAAUUGCCUCCAGAUUCUAUCUUAGUACUUAUAAUUGCUUGGAAAUGUCAAGCAGCUGCUCAAUGUGAAUUUACUAAACAGGAGUUCAUUAAUGGCAUGAUUAAAAUGGGGUCAGAUUCCAUAGAAAAACUUAGAAUUAGGUUACCAACCCUAGAAAGAGAAUUUUCAGAUGCAAUGAAAUUUAAAGAUUUUUACUAUUUUACUUUCAACUAUGCUAAAAAUAUAGGCCAAAAAGGUCUUGAUCUUGACAUGGCUAUCACUUACUGGAAUAUCAUUUUUGUUGGUAGAUUCAGGUUCCUUGAUUUAUGGUGCCAGUUUUUAAGAGAACAUCACAAUAAAUCAAUACCUCGGGAUACAUGGAAUCUUUUAUUAGAAUUUUCUUGUGUUAUUGAUGAUGAAAUGCUAGACUAUGAUCAGGAAGGAGCUUGGCCAGUCUUGAUUGAUGAGUUUGUUGAAUGGGCUAGGCCUUUAGUUUCGAAAAAUAAACCGUCCAGCAUAUGUGAGACCUAAUAAAUAUUAAAAAAAUGUAUUUAAUAAUAAUUAGAUUUUUUAUGUAAAAUAUAUAUAAUAUGUUCUUUGCAUUUGAUUUGCAAAGGAGAAUACUAUUAUUUGACUGCUCUAAAAACACUGUACAACAGGAAAUAUAUUUUGAAAUGUUGUAAUUUGUAUAGAUACACUUUAGCCUAUUAUUAAAUUAUGUUAUUGAUUUUUGUUUUAUACAUUUUCAAA